CAUCCGGUCAAUGAGGUAGCAUCCGGUUGUUGUAGCCCAACAACUGUGGAAUAGGCGUAAGUGGUGCUGGUGCGCGUCGGCAUCCCGUGCAAAACACAAUGAUCAAACUGUUCUCGCUAAAGCAGCAGCAAAAGGACGGCGAAGCGACCGGCAAGGCGAGCAACCAGAAACGCGCCUCGGCCGCCCAGCUGAGGAUCACCAAAGACAUCAACGAGCUCAACCUGCCCAAGACAUGUCAGAUGGAGUUUCCCGACCCGGACGACUUGCUCAGCUUCAAGCUCGUCAUCUGUCCGGACGAGGGCUUCUACCGCGGCGGACGCUUCGUCUUCAGCUUCCGCGUGAGCGCCAACUACCCGCACGAGCCGCCCAAGGUCAAGUGCGAGACAAUGGUGUACCACCCCAACAUCGACCUGGACGGCAACGUGUGCCUGAACAUCCUGCGCGAGGACUGGAAGCCCGUGCUCACCAUCAAAUCCAUCGUCUAUGGGCUCCAGUACCUCUUCCUCGAACCCAACCCGGAGGACCCGCUGAAUAAGGACGCCGCCGAGGUGCUGCAGAACAAUCGGAGACUGUUUUUAGCAGCCCCUUCCGGCGACUGA